AUGAUUGUUUCACCUUGGGAUAUAUAAUAGUAGCCUACAAAUGGGGACUUUGCUUAUUUGCAUAAAGAUAAAGAACGGACCAAUGGCGUUAAACUUGUCUACCGAAGCAAAUCCUAGACAACUUCUAGCAACAGAUGACUUGCCUUAGAGCGGAAAGUCUUGCAUAUAGCCCUAGAGGAUAUUUGCGGAAUAUGGUUUAAGUGUACACUAGAUGUUUCAUCAUGGCUUGUGGCGGGUUUGUUUGUUCCAAAACUUCUCUUUGUAUCUUAAACCUUAUUUAUGUGAUGGUCAGUCUUUUAAUGGUCGGUGUUGCAGCAUGGGGCAAAUGGUUUGGACUGGUCUCUAGUUUCAGGGUAAUGGCUGCUGUCAUCGCUGUUGGCUCGUUUCUGAUCGUCGUGGCCGUUAUGGGAUUGUGUGGAGCUGUGAAGCAUCAUCAAGUUCUCUUGUUCUUUUACAUGCUCAUUCUCUUAAUGGUAUUCAUUGUGCAGUUUUCAGUGUCAUGUGCCUGCUUGGCGAUUAAUAAAGAACAGCAGAAUCUUCUCCUGGAGACAGGAUGGAAUAAGUCUGAAUCAAUGCAGGAGGAUCUGGAAAGAUCGCUGGAUUGCUGUGACUUCCUUCAAGUGAACUACAAUGAGAGCUGUGUCGCUGCCUGUUUCAAGAAUCAAACAUGUAGACCAUGUUCAGUUAUAAUCCAGGCCUACGCUGAUGACACUCUGCAGUUUGUUGGAGGAGUCAGUCUGUUUUUCAGUUUUACAGAGAUACUGGGUGUCUUGCUAGCAUAUAGAUACAGGAAUCAGAAAGAUUACCGGCAAAAUCCUGGAGCUUUCAUUUAAUAAAGCGUUUUUGUUGGACACACAUAUUCAAGACUUUCAGUUAUAAUUAAUUUUUGUUCUUGAGUGGACUUUUUUAUUAUUAUUAUUAUUUAUGAUCUGUAGUUCCUCUUGAUAACACACUCAAUUUCUUCAUUUUUGGGGGAUACAAUAGCAAAUUAAAUGUUCUGUUAACUUUAAGAAUAUUUCUUUGUAGAACAGCCAUUAUGAUUUGCAUUUUGGUGGAGUACAUAUAUAUUUCUCAACACUGACUAUGCAAGUAGGUUACCUGGGCUCAAACUUUGGUCCCAACUGAACAACACUUACC